GAAUGGGUGUGUUUUUUGACGCACUUUGUGUCAGUCGGGCCCAUAGGGUUAAGCGCUCGUGCCGCCCCAUACAAGAUGCCGCCCUGGGCGACCGCCCAGUUCGCCCGUACCUAAAACCGCCACUGGGUGUAGUGGUAAAAUUAGAAGUAGGCAAACUAUAAAUUCUGUGAUCACAGUGGGGUGGACCUACCAGGUUUUUAAAAAAGCCGUUUAGAGCUUGUUUGAUGAUGGUGGAGGUUAUUGUCUAAUGUUUAAUACCAAUGGUAUUAUGCCUCCUAGAAUGUUGAUGAGUGUAGGCUACAUCUUGUGAAUGUGAAUAAUAGAAUGUUUUUUAAAGUUAAAAGUUGCAAUAAGUGAAUAAACUCUUUUGACAGGUGCAGCUCUAAUAAGAGGUAGGCCUAAACUCUCUUUACUUGUGUUUAGCCUCCACUAGGCUACAACCCUGGAUGAUCUCAUAGCCCAAAACAGAUACAAAAGUGCAAAGUGAUGCACGUAAAUAACAGACAUGACUAAUUUAAUUGAAUUCCUGUGACUAGAUCAUCUUUCAGAAGGGACUCUUAUGGGAUGUGUGGCGAGAGCUCGAGUUAAUACCAGUAAGCGACCAAAAUAACCACUGACGCACAGCUACGCAACACUAGGCUAUGCAAUAACUGGAACGCGUGUGUCGUUUCAGCGUUACGGUGACCUAGGCCACUCGCAAGAGCCUAUUUUCAUCUAGUGCAGUCAUCUUUUCAGCGUCAUUUGAAUCAUAAGCGAAUAGGCUAUAACGAGACGCAUAAAAGGGGAGCCUGAAAUCGCAUUGAACCUAUUGACAACCUGCCUGCGAUAGCCUACAAGAGACGGGAGUAAGAAUCCAGCGUAGGUCCUAGGCUAACCCAUUCACAGUGUCUCAUACCGGUUCACUCCAUCAAGGAGUCACGCCAUGAUGCCUGCGUUUUCUUUAGAGGACUGGCCUUCCAAAUGCAUAUCCACUGCAGACCUCGUGACCUCUCGUCUGCAUGGUGAAAGGACUCCUAUCCACCCAGAGCAGGAGAGAAAUCUGACUUUAAACAUUUUCAGUCAUUAUGGUGAUAAUCAGUCGGAUUACUUGGCGGACCACUUUGAUCGCUCGUGGAUAACAAGAGACACCGGCUCGCUUGGAGGAGUUGCGAAACAUAACCAAGAUAAAGUAAACGUCGAUAUCACAAAUCAACUUGACAGAACGCAUCCAAACUCUGGAAAGCAGUAUGGACAUAUCCUCGAAGAACAAAGGAAUAAUCAGAAAUUGAAUGAACUUGAAGGAAAUAAUAGUUUGUGUUAUCAAGACCUUCCGUUCAAGAGGUGUGAGGCUCCAGUUCUGUCGUCGUAUCCGAACGUAACCAGUCCUGCCCAAGAAAAUGUGAUCUGCUACUUGUGGGAAGUUGCAAAUCAAAAUACAUAUCUUCACGAAAGGCAAAAGUAUCGGUUCCACAUAAUCCCCGAUGGCAACUGCCUGUACCGGGCAGUGAGUAGGGCAGCCUACGGGAAUCAGUCAAAGCACAAGGAAUUGAGAGAGCAAGCCAUUCAUUACGUCGCUGACCACUUAGAGGAGUUCAAUUCUAUCAUUGAAGGAGAUGUCGGGGGUUUUCUUAUCAGUGCCUCGCAAGAAGGGGUAUGGGCUGGAUAUCCUGAGUUGCUAGCUAUGAGCAAGUUGCUCAAUGUGAACAUUUAUCUGACCACUGGAGGAAGUUUCGCAAGUCCUACUGUCUCGACCAUGGUUCAUUUUCUCGGAGAGGAGAACUCAAGUAACCCUGUAGUUUGGCUAAGCUGGCUUAGUAAUGGUCACUAUGAUGUGGUGUUAAAUCGCAGUGUGCCCAACCCAGAGUAUAAGGAGUGGUACCAAAGUAUGCAAAACAGAAAGGAUGAAGAGUUGACAUUAUCAGUGGCAUAUUAGCCCAAACUCGUCUUUCACUGUAGGCCUAGGCUAUACAACAAUUUUGGCGUUGGCCAGAUUGUGUUCAAUCCUACCAUGGUUAAGCAAUUGUUUAUGCCAUAAUCUAACUUGUUGGACCUUGAUAUUCAUUGCAAAGGAAUGUGUUUCAGGGUUUAAGUAUGGAAGCAUAUGUGUUGCAAAAUUCAAAUGAGAAUGCAUUCUGCAAUAUGCAAUUCUAAAAGACAUUAUUAAGCAAUUGCCAAUUCAUUAUGCAAUUUAAUAUUGCAAUUUGCAACACUUUCUUUCAAAAUGUAUUUUAAUAUGUGAAGUGACAAUGCAAUCAUCAAAUCAAUUUGAUUUAUUUUGGUUACAAAUUUGAAUAAACAUGGAUUGAAUUGCAUUCCAUUUUGCCGUGGUACUUUAGUCUCAAAAUUCAAAUGGCAAUUAAUUUUGCAUUUCAAUUUUCAAUAUUCAGCGUCAUCAUUUAACCCUUAUGUUGUCCUUGGGGUCAAUUUGACCCCAAGCAGUGUUUAACAUCAUAAAAUAUAUGGUUCACUUUUUUUGUUUUGCUUCAAGUUUCAUGACUUUUCCUUAUUUGAAGGGUACAACAGAGUAAACAUGAAAUUUGCACAAAAAUAUGUUUCCAAUGUCCUGUAAAAAAAGUUACGUUGGUGGUAUUGGGGUCAAUUUGACCCCAUUUUUAUGAAACAUGAUGAAAAUGAAUAUUUGACAAAUUAUGGAUAUUAUUAUUGUAAUAGUAUGAGAACAUGUAGCUAUUAUCAUUAUUUCAUAUACAAGUACAUAUUACAUAUAAGUUAUUUUGGCAGGUCUGAAAAAGUCCAAAAAGUCAGCCUUUGGGCUGUUGACACUGGAUUGGCCAUAUUGCCAGUCAGGGUUCCAGGGUUCAUAAAGGGGUGUGGGGGGGUGGGAUUGUUUUGUAGGGCUUUUGAUAGUGGUUAUUACACUCUUGUUAAGUACCUACCACAAAAAAAAAUUGGGUAAAAAAAAUAAUUUUAAUCAUUUUUGAGAGUUUUUUGUAGCUGGGGUCAAAUUGACCCCAAGGACAACGAACGUCGUAAGAUUUUAGGACAACAUGAGGGUUAAUUGUCAAUUAUUUUUGCAAUUUAAUGUUCAAAAUUCAAUGAAUUUAAUUAUUUUUAAUUUUUUGAUUUUUUAAAUUGUUUUUUGAAAAUGUUUUUUUAAAAAUAUUGAAAACAUUUUGAAUAUUUGUUGGCAAAAAGUUUUGCCCGGUUUGCAGAAAUAGCGCCCCCCGUUAUUGCAUAGCACUUUGUCACGCUCUUUGUGUCUUAAAAUUAAAAUGGCAAUGGCAAACGCGAUUCCAAAACACAUUGCAAACUGUCAGCAGAGCCCAUUUAUGGAGAGCCGGUCCACUUGCUAUUAAAGAGGAACUAUGCAGGAUUGGCGAUUUCAUCUCUGGUUUCGGUUUCGUUUUUUCGUUUCCGCUCGUUUUAUGCUUGCAUUUUCUCUGCAGAGCUUCCCCGACAGCUUUAGCGUGUAUAUUUAUACAUGUAUAGGCUAUAUUUAAAUAUAUAAAUUGCAAGCGUGGUUCUUCGUCUCAGACUUCCAGAUGUAAACAAGGAGCGAUCGUCUCCUGCAGAAAGUUGCAUAGGGUCUCUUUAACUCCAUUGUACCUGCAUUGUAUGGCGGGUCUUGGGCAGGGCCGCUGACGGUCAGACCAGGAGUGCCUGUGAGUGUGAAUGAAACGAUAUGUAGCCCUGUCAUUACAGUUUUUCUCGAUUGUUAACACAAAUUUUCUGAAAACAUGCCUCAUACUCUCAGAACUCUACACACAAAUCCAAAACAACACACACAAUGGGCAAAACCCUGCAAUUCUCCUGCAAAAUGACACUUUACCUUCAAAACAAUGUAAUUUCUCCUCAAAAUGCUCUUUUGUUCUCAAGAGACACACACAAACCAUCAUAUAUCAAGAUAUUUAUAAGGACCAGUUGAACACUGAUGUCCUCAGUGUAAAACACUGCAAUGAAUUGAAAAUACUUCUUCUCCAUUCAUCAUAAUGACUUGGGCCUUUUUUGUUCAGUGUUACCCUACAAACAGUACUACAAACAGUAGAUAAGCUGGUACAGUAAGUUGAUAUGCUUACCCUAUCAAUAUUUUUAAAUAUCUCAUUGUUUUCUAUCAUUUUUCUUUGUAUUUGCCAUAAUGCCUUGAAUUUCCCCUUGGAGAUCAAUAAAGUAUCUAUCUAUCUAUUUUCUAUCUAAUGUUAUGGCGUUUUCUUCUAGGACAAAGUUCAUGAUUUCAGUUUCCUGUUCAGGAGACAGAAGCCCUUGUGUUGGUAAUCUUUCUGCUGCCAAACAGUAAAAUACUGUAAACUGUGUAGGAAUACAAAGUAGGAAUACUUUCCCCAAAUACUUGAAACAUACUUUAUUUUUACAGUCCUACAGAACAGCCCACAGGCAAUACUGUACUACUGUGCUCAUUGAGCUUGUACUGUACGGUACUGUACUGUAUUGAUACGCAGCACUGCAAAGUGGCUCGGAUCUCAUCGGAGAUUACGGUCCUUGGCCUCCCCGUCCUCCUCCUCUUACUCUCACUCCUCUGGCUCUGCCUCUGCCUGUACUACUACUGUAUACUGAAGCUGUGAUUGAUAAUUGUAAAACUGUGUGACAGGUGUUUGCCCAUGUGAUGAGUCAGUGUUCAUGGUAGGGCAGUCACCUUUACAAUUUGAAUGGCAGUGUUUUCCUUGAGAGAACAAGACAUCUUCUUCAUGAAAAUUGUGUCAAAUGUAGAGAAUUGUGUGUAGUGUUUUGAAAAGAGUGUGUUUUAGAACGGCAAUUUGAGUGUAAAGCAGAAAUUGUGCUUAUAGUUUCAAUUUUCAAUUUAAUUUCACUUAUAGAGCCCCAAAACAUUACACAUGUCUCAUGGCGCUUUAUAGAGUGUUAAACAUUCAAAGAGAGCCCAUGAGUAACUAGCCUGACUCUCGCCAGACCCUUGUAGUUCCGCCAUGCUCCACCAGAGGCGUUUCGCUGAGCUCCACACAAGGGUCUGGACGCGAGGGCAAUCCAAACCCCUGCCAGUGAUCAAAAAAUGAGCAACCAAUCAGGAGCGCCGAAGCGAGUGUUUGAUUCAAAUAACAAUGGCGGCACGCAGCGAGGAGUCUUGUGCUGACAUUGAUUCUGCUAUUUCAACCGUUUUGUCGAAUCUAUCGAGUAUUCAUUCUUUAAAAGAUUAACAGAGAAUAGACAUUUAUUGGUGGCAAGGAUGUUUUUACUCUUCUUCCGGGUUUGGCAAGAGCUUGAAGAAGCCUAGCACGUCAUUCAAGAUAACAGGCAAGUGGUUUAUCAAAUCACAUGCGAGGAUGUUUUACAAGGACCCGCCUUCAUAAAUACAUCUCCUAUUGAGAAG